GUUUGAUUAUAAUUUCUUGGGAGAGGAACUUUAUACCAGGCUCUAUUGAUACCAGGGAUUCCUAGCCUCUCUAUCAAGGGACAAGGUGCUAAACGUACAAUCAGGGAUAUGAUGUAGUUCUAAUCAGUCCUAAUGGCCAUAGCGAACAGAUUAAGGCAGAUGUAAGGUGAAGGAACAGAUGAGCAUGUGUGUGUGUGUGUGUGUGUGUGUGUGUGUGUGUGAAAAGUAUUAAAGGUGAACGGGUGCACCCUGGACUUUGAUUCUUCUGGUUCAUAAAAUCACUUAGUAGAGUGGGCUUUAGCUGAUUCUGUUCACUACAGGAUGGACAGACUGCUUGUCCUGCUGCUUGCAGCUGCUUCCUGUACUGGUGGCCAGUUCCACUCUCUAUAUAAGGACCAUGUGAAUGCAAAUGAAGACAGUGACACAGAUGGGUUUGAUGGUUCGUGUGACUUUGAGAAGGAUGCAUGUCAGUGGAAGGAUAACAGUAAGGAUGCAUUUCGCUGGAGGCUGGAGAAGGCCAAUAUCAGCAGAAUUCCGGGUGUGGAUCAUACCACUGGAUCACCAUGGGGUCAGAUCAUGCAUGUAAACGGUUCAAGUUCUAAUAUUUUCUCAGAGGCCAUUUUGGAGCACACCUUCAAUCAGUCCACUGCUCUCGGGUGUCAGAUAAGCUUUUGGUAUCAUCUUCAUGAUCCCGUUGGAAUAUCGUCUCACUUUGUAUUGAGCCUGGUCAGUGAAGGGUCUUCUGUGGUCCUGUGGAAUAUAAAGAAAGGGCAGACUGAUGGUUGGGAAAAUGCAUCAGCGAUAGUUGGGAAUCGUCCUAAAGCAUUUAAGAUGGUGUUUUCUGUAGAUCCCACAUAUAUCGGAGAACAGGACGUGAUGCUGGACGACAUUAAGUUAACAGGCUGUGCAGAAGGGGAUGUUCCUGCAGGCUCAGAGCUGCUCAGCUGUGACUUUGAGAAGGACGUGUGCGGUUGGUACCCAGACUACUCCACCAGCCUCACCUGGCAGAGGGCUAAUGGUCGAAAACCCUCAUAUGACAAUCAGGGACCGGGAUAUGACCACACAACUGGUUCUGGUUAUUACAUGUAUAUUGCCCCAACACGCAGCUCCAACCCCUCACAGACAGCCAGGAUGGUCAGUUAUCCUCAGCAAGGCAAAUGCAUCAGCUUCUGGUAUCAUAUUUAUGGAGGCAGCAUCGGCUCUCUUAGAUUCAUCUCCAAGAACAGUGAUGGGGCUGAGACAGUGAUGUGGAUGAGGACUGGGAAUCAGGGAAACAAAUGGCGCUUCGCUGAGCUCAGCUUUGCCCACAAUGACAGCCCAGUACAGUUUAUUUUAGAAGGUGUCUUAGGAGGCACAGAUGGCAGCAUUGCUAUAGACGACGUUCAGGUGUUGAGCAGUGUGAACGGUUCGUGUCCAGCUGAAAGAGAGUGCACGUUUGAGAGCGGCCUGUGUGGCCUGCAGACUGAACCUGCAGCCCAGUUUCCCUGGAUCAGAACCACCGGAGAACAGACUGCAGGCACCACCAGCCCAAGCGCAGAUCAUACUCUGGGCACUGAUCAAGGCUACUACCUGAGCGCUCAGCUAUGGAAGUACCCUCCUGGUAGCCGAGGCAGCGUGAUAACUCAGGAUAAUGAGCCGACUGCAGAGAGCGGGGUGUGCUGGAUGUUCUGGUAUCACAUGGCUGGGAAGGACGGUGGAACUCUCAGUGUGUAUCUGCAGCAGUCAAACAACAGCAGCUCGAAGGUUCCUCUCUGGAGUCGCAGCAUAGAGCAAGGAGAGCGUUGGAGACACAGCAGAGCCACUGCACUCAGCCCUCACUACUCUUACCAGAUUGUAUUUGAAGCAGUGGUUGGAGAGGGUCAGGUUAAGGACAUCGCUAUAGAUGAUCUGUCUGUUCUAAAUGGGCCCUGUUCUCCUAAUGGGCUGUGUGACUUUGAGAUGGACGAGUGCGGCUGGGUGAACAGUGCACUCAGUGAUCACAGUGUGCCCUGGAGCUGGACUUCAGGAGCUAGUGGCUCCGGGUUCUCACCUGAGGUCGACCACACCACCAAUUCUGCCCUUGGACACUACAUGGCCUUUGAUUCAAAAUACGACAGAAAUGAGCAGGUUGCUCACCUUCAGAGUGAACUAAUGCCGCCAGUGGAUCAUGCCUGCCUGGAGUUCUGGUACUACAUGAAUAUGUGGGGCACUGUGGAUAAGCUAACGCUAGAUAUAUAUGUGAAUGAGUCUGGCACCCUUCACUUCCUGUGGAAUAAGACUGGUGCUCAGGGUAAAGUGUGGAACAAGGUCACUCUGGAUUACCGAGCAUCUGAAAAUUACCAGAUUGUGUUUGAGGCCAGGCGGCCACCAUACGAUGAGGGAGUCAUUGCCUUGGAUGAUAUCUACAUCAAAGAGAACACAGGCUGCUCUGACCUGAUCCCCACUACACCAGCCCCCACCACGGAGCCCACCACCCCACCUCCAUCCUCCAUGGACUGCAGCUUUGAGGAAGGACUGUGUGACUGGAUUCAGGAAGCUGAGCAUGGGAUCACUUGGAACCGUCAACAAGGUCUGCAGAUGGACACAACCACCAAAGGACCCUUGUAUGACCACACCACAAAAAACAGCCACGGGUUCUAUCUUCUUCUUAACAUGUCCGGAGAUAAAGAUGAGCAGUCAGCGGUCAUUUCUGCCCCUGUGACUGUAGAGACCCCCAGUGUCUGUGUGGAAUUCUGGUAUUACAUGCUAGGAACACGGGUGGAAAGCUUGGACCUGCUGGUUCAGACGAAAAAAGCAGAAACGGUUGUUGUAUGGACUAGAAAAGGAACAGAAGCUGCUGAGUGGCUGAAUGGCCAGGUCACACUCAGCAUGAAUGACAUACAGAGAGUAAAACUCUCUGGUAGCAGAAAUGCUAACAGCAGCGGAUUCAUAGCUAUAGAUGAUGUGAGAGUGAGCCCAGGUGCCUGUAAAGAUCACAAUUCAUGUGGUUUUGAAGACGCUUCACUGUGUGGGUUUGAGCAUGAUGUGACUGAUAGCACUCACUGGAGCCGUGUGGAUGGCAGCACUGGACAUAUUGAUCACACCUACAGAAGUCAACUGGGUCAUUCAAUGGCUGUUUUGGGAAAGGACCUUCUAAAUUUAGCAUCCACACAUCUGCUAACACCAGAAUACAGCAAAACUACAGAGACCUGUGUGCGUUUCUGGUACUGGCUGUCUGCUAGCCCUGCUGAUUCUCUUGCUGUGCAUGUUUAUCUGAAUGGAGAGCUUGGCCGUGCACUGUGGUCUCUCUCUGGAGUGCCCUCUACAGGCUGGGAGGUGGCGGAGGUCACUGUGUCCUCUCCAUCCAAAUUCAGGGUGGCGUUUAAGGCAGAGAUAAGCCCCGCCCAAAAGACCUUCAUUCUCCUGGAUGAUGUGUCGGUGAGAGACGGUGCCUGCUGUCCCAGAGGAAGUUGUGAUUUCGAGUCAGGGUCAUGUACAUGGAUGAAUGCUGCCAACAGAGACUCAGAUGGUCAUGACUGGGUCCCCGCAGAUGGACACUCUCUCGGCCCUCCAAUUGAUCAAACGACGCAUACAGCAUAUGGAAGGUUUAUGCUGAGCCCAUCUCAGGCAGAACACAGCAGCAAAGCGGUGCUCAUCUCUGAGCGAAUCCUACAGAACUCCAACUCCUGCUUCACUUUCUGGUACCAUAUAAACAACAGUGACUCAGGGAUGUUGCGAGUGUUUCUAGAUGCAGAAAAAGGAGAAGAGCUGAUGUUUGAAACAAGUGCUGCUGGACACAGCUGGAGAAAUUUCUCUACAACAGUGUCUGAGACUAACCCUUUUCAGAUUCGUCUGGAGGCAGAUUCUGGAAAUGGUGGAUUUAUGGCCGUGGAUGACGUAACAAUUAUGAAAGGCCGGUGUGAAGAUGAGGCUGUAGAGAGUGGGCUGUUUGUUGGCUGCCAGUUUGAGACGGACAGCUGUGGAUGGACAGAUGUGAGUGUGGGGCAGUUUGUCUGGCAGCGAGAUCACAAUGGAACAACCACUGCCAACACUGGCCCGUCAGUGGACCAUACUACUGGAACAGAGCUGGGCUGGUAUAUGGCAGUAGAAGCCAGUCAUGGAGAUCAGAACAGCUACGCUGCACUGCAGAGUCCAGCCAUGAAGCAAGCCGGCGCUGAGUGUGUGCUUGAGUUCUACUACCACAUGUACGGAGAGGGUAUUGGGGAGCUGAAAGUGUUUCUUCAAGAAGGCCCAAGACGAACUAUUCUGUGGUGGAAAUCUGGUGAUCACGGAGACGAGUGGCUUCGGGCAGAGGUGGCAGUAGGUCGCACUCAUCAGGUUUUCACCAUCCUCUUUGAGGCCACCAGGACCUUUAGUGAGCUCGGGGACAUCGCCAUAGAUGACCUUGCCUUCAUCAACUGUUCCCUGCCAGAGCCUCAGGACUCAUGUCCUACUGGUACAUUCACAUGCUCUAACCGCGUGUGUGUGGAGGCAAGCAGAGUGUGUGACUUUAGUGAUGACUGUGGAGAUGGAAGUGAUGAAGCACAUUGUGAUGAGCUGGGUUAUAAACAGCGCUGCAGUUUUGAGCAAGGCAUGUGCUCAUGGCAGAGUAAUGAAGGAUGGGAUGGGUGGAGCCUGCAGAGUGGAGAGAGGGCGUGGCCGGUGCGUGGACCGCCUAGAGACCACACCCGUAACACAGCGGCAGGUCAUUUCAUUGUCCCUGUCCAUCAUCAUUCUGCGAGCCAGACAGCAGAGAUCAUGUCCAGCACUCUCCUGCCCAGCUCUGAGUGCACUGUGAUCUUCUACUACUAUGCCCACGGUAACAACUCCAUGGCUGGACUGACCGCACAGCUGCGGAGGCUCCGGGGUGGGGAAGAUGACAUUAUUCUCUGGGGCCAGACUGUGACUCAUGGAUUCCACUGGCAGAGAGUUGAGGUCACCUUCUCCUCCUCAGUGAAGGCCAAGAUUGUGUUCCGGUUUGUGGGGAGCAGUGAGAACCGUGAAGAAUUCAUCACUGUGGAUGAUGUGUCCUUCUCACCGAGCUGUGUUCAUGACCCUGACAACAGCCAACUGCCAGAAACUCCUCCUACUCUUUCUCCCUCAACACCCACUGCACCAUUAACUACUCCCACACCUACUGACCAUCCCUGCAAGGAGAAUGAAUUUUACUGCUGGAGGUCAAGCGGGAUGAAAUGCAUCGCUUCCACUGCUCAGUGUGACUACAGCAUAGACUGCCCUCUAGGGGAAGAUGAGGAAACGUGUGGACCCUGCACAUUUGAGAAUGGAUUGUGUGACUGGAGUGAUAUAAGCCAGAGUGUCAACAAGUGGCUGAGAGUGAAAGCUGGUGACAACACAGAUCCCCCAGCUGACCACACCACAGGAACAGGACACUACGUGCAUGUGAAUUUCAGUCCUGCGUCAUCUGGAAGUGAAGCACAGUUUCAGAGCCCAUCACUGCCAUCCAGCUCCCCCUACUGCCAGAUACUGUUUUAUUUCCACCUGGGAAAAGGAGGGAAUGUGGGAGAUCUGAGUGUUUUCCUGCAGAACGAUGAGGGAAAGAGAACGCAACUCUGGACACGCAACCACAGCACUGCAACACCCUGGAGCCUGGAGUACCUGGCAGUUGGGAAGCAACAGAAACCUUACAAGGUUAUCUUCAGUAGUCAGACCACUUCACUGCAGAGUGCUGCUAAGCCUGAGUACAGUGCUACUGCUCUGGACGACAUCUCUUUCUUGAACUGUGAGACCUCAUACCAGCCACCAGCUCUGUCAGCUAUUGGCUGCUCCUUUGAGAAAGACCUGUGUGGGUGGGUGCAGGGAAGUGCUGAGGACUUACACUGGCUGAGGAAGAGUGGACCUACUGAAACAGUGAACACUGGACCUGCAGGAGAUCACACCAGUAGCAAAGGAUAUUAUGUAUAUGUUGAAAGCUCAAGUCCCAACAGAAGAGGACAGGUAGCUCAGCUUAAGUCUCCUCUGCUUUCUCCUGCUGGGGAAAAGGGAUACUGUCUUCAGUUGUGGUACCACAUGUUUGGAGCAACAGUCGGAUCACUUAAGUUGUUUCUACAGAAUGUUAGCUCCAGGAAGACAACACUGAUGUGGCAGAGGACAGGGUCUCAGGAAAACAAAUGGCAGCUGGUCCAGAGUCAUGUAACCCUACAAGAAGUUCAUCAAAUACUAAUAGAUGCUUCAAUAGGUGGAGAGGCUGGGGAUAUCGCUAUAGAUGAUAUAUCACUAACUGAAGGAGCUUGUGUCCCAACAGACGGUCUGUGUAACUUUGAGGAGGGCAGCUGUGGUUGGACGCAGCAGGCUGAUGAUGAUCUUGACUGGAUUAGAGGAUCAGGGGUUGAUCCAGUACUAAACACCAAUCCGAGCGUUGAUCAUACAACCCACACCGACAGUGGACAUUACUACUACAUGGGCUCAGACUCUUCUCAUGUGGGUGAACACACUGCUAGGAUGAGCUCCCCUCUUUUUACUGCAGGAGAUAAGCAGUGUCUUCAGGUUUGGUAUUAUAUGAGUGGGCUGGAUGGUGGAACAUUAAACGUGUAUCAGGAGCUUUCAGGUGGGGCUCAGGCUCUGCUGCUGAGCCACUCUGGAGAACAAGGCAAGCUGUGGAGGUUUUCCCAAGCACCUCUGCCCCACACAUCACCAGAAUACAGAAUUGUGGUGGAAGGUGUAAAGCAACAGAGUGACCAGGGUGUCAUGGCUGUGGAUGACAUAAUGUUAUCCACAUACCCGUGCACUGGCCCAGGCUUCUGUGACUUUGAGGUGAACAUGUGCGGAUGGAGAAACGUACUGGAUGAGGAUGAUACUGAUUGGCUGAGAGAUCAGGGAAACACUCAAGCUCCGAGUACAGGUACAAGCAUAGACCAUACCACCAACUCUUCUGUAGGUUACUACCUGUACGUGGAUAUUACGGUGGGGAAACAAGGAUCUAGAGCUUUGCUGCUGAGCGAGAUUUUCCCUGCAGACAGCACAGAAAGCACAGGACAGUGUUUCACAUUCUGGUACCACAUACAUGGCUACAAGAUAGGAACCCUCAACUUAUACAUUAAUAACAGGACCACACAUAGCAGUGGAAACAAGCUUGGGGAUCUAAUGUGGACGGAGUCAGGAGAUCAGGGGGAUGUAUGGUGGAGGAGCAGAGUCGACAUCCAUUACACUGAGCCAUUCUGGUUUGUGUUCCAGUAUCAGAAGGGCGAGGGGUCCGCUGGGAGUGUGGCUCUGGAUGACCUUCACAUUACUCCUGGGCCAUGUGACCCUGUUAUAGAACCCCCGACUACAGCAGCUCCACUUGAUGUUGUAGGAAUAGGAGUGGGAGUGACAGUGAUGAUACUGGUGAUCGCCAUCGUCUGCACCUCCUUUUACAUUCUGCGGAGGAGAAAAUCAAACAGAGAACCUCUUGUUGAACAUGAUAUGCUGGAAAAUAACGUGGCUUAUGAUCUGUAUGACUGUGAAUUACAAGAUUCCGAAUCAUGACAGGAGGAAGGUCACUUCAGCAGCUCCUAUAUUUCAAAAGGAGGGAUAGAAUCAACCAAUAGAAAUGGCAUUUCUCCUGCAUGAAAAUACUAAUAUUCCAGAAUAACUAUAUUUUUUAGCUAAUCAUAUUCUUCUGCUGGAGUCCCCUAUUCAUUCUGUUAGAGCACAUUCCUUUCCAUGUCCCAGAACAUGUAGUAAUGCAUGUUAUUAAUAAGAAAAUAUUCAAAAGUAUUUGAUGAAAUAAAGCUUAUGUAUUUUCAGUAUUGAAACUAUGAGAGGGUGUUUGCAAUUAGUUCAUGGCAUGCCACGCUGUCAACAAUAUGGGUCCUCUGUAUUUUUAUUAUCAAAAUAAAGGGUUCUAUAUA